CUGGUCUUCCAGCAGUAAAUGCGAUGAAUUUGACUCACUGGCAGUGUAUCAACGCGGAAAAUCCAUCAAUCUCGAAUGUUUCAGCCCCUCUGACGAUCCAGAUACUCCCAGACACGGGAGAACGUGGCUGAGUCGUCGUUGAGCUGGUGUUGUUGUUGUUGUUCUUCUUCUAAUAUUAAUGUCUCGGACAGGCACCGACCAACCAAUCACGGGACUCGCCCCUCCCUUCUUCUUCGUCAGCGAAUCCUGCUUCUCUCCAGCAUCACCACGCUUCUUACAAGAUGGAGACCCCAUCGACUGGGCCCGUCGGGGAUGCCAAGGAGCCGGUCUCGAAGGAAGCCCACGCUCGACGACGUGAUCAGGUUCGUCGCGCACAACGGUAUAUAUCAUUUCUUUUAUCACCCGCCCCCUACUCCCUCUUUUCCCUGGCUUCUGCUGACUGGCAGGAAACACCGCGAGAGGAAGGAAAAUCACCUGCGUGCUCUGGAAGACGAGCUGCAUGAUCUGUACAACUUUAUCUCCCUUACCGAAGAAUUGAAGGAGCAAGCGGCUGAGAAUGCCUUCCUGCGGGACCUUUUGGUUGCGCACAGUAUCCCCUUUCCAGCAGGUGUGCCUGCUGUGCGGAAGGGAUAUCUGGCUGAGGUGCAGGUUGUGGGGAAAGAUGCCUGCCAGUGUUUGAAGGUCACGAUGCCGGAUCUCGAGCCAUGGUCCAGCUCAGACACGGCAGGCGUGGGCCAGACUCAGGAUCAGCCACAUCCGCAUAGGUUACAUCGAACCCAGGUUGGUGUGGACUUUGUGUUAUCGCUUGAGCAACACUGUCUAGAACACACACGCCGUGGAUACCCGUAUGAACCGUCUGGCCACGCCAUGUCGAUGCAAGGCAUUUUAUUGGCGGGUGCACCGGAGACUCUCCACGAAGGCUCGGAAUGGGAGACCUCAGCCGCAGAGCUAGACCGGCUCUUUGAGCUGUCCGGUAGCUUGGGUCUGGAGGGUUUCAUCACCCCGGUCCAGGGGUGGAAUCGAAUCAAGUCCCAUCCACAGUUCCACGAGCUGACACCCAUCAAGUUGGAGGAAUUGAAGCAAACUUUGGCUGAAAAUAUGAAGUGUUUCGGAUUCGGGUCCAUCAUCGAGGAAGAUGUGUUCGACGACCUGCUCUCGCGGUUCAUAUAACCUAGGCCAGUUCGUAAGUAUGUUAAUGCCUUUACUUCGAGCUGUCAUUAAGAUCAAGACAACCGAUUUAAGAAGAAUGCCUAGGCAGCACUUCUUGACUUACUACAGUACUACAAGUAAACACCAUGGCUUUAUGUUUAGCUAAGGUAGUAG